AUGCAGCUGUGGCCUCAGGCGCCGCUCCCAUCUCUAAGGGUCGGAGGCAGGCGACCUGAGCCGCCGGUGGACCCGGCCCCUGGUCGCUUCCCGAAGUCUGCCCGGAAGAAGCGGCGUGAGCCGCCGGUGGAUCCGGCCCCUCGUCGCCUUCUGGGAACACCACCUCCGCUGUCAGCCCGGCAACAGCGACGUGAGCCGCCGGUGGACCCGGCCCCUCGUCGCCUUCCGGGAACACCGCCUCCUCUUCCUGCCCCGAGAAAGCGACUUGAGCCGCCGGUGGACCCGGCCCCUGGUCGCUUCACGGAGCCAUUACUUCCCCCCGCCCGGCCCGGGCGGCUCGCCCCGCCCCGCAGCGGCCCGGCGGCUCGCUCGCACUUCCCCGCAGCGGCCCCGGCGGCUCGCCGCACUUCCCGCAGCCGGCCCGAGGCGGCUCGCGCUUCCCCGCCAGCCGGCCCGGCGGCUGCCGCCCUUCCCCGCAGCCGGCCCCGAGGCGCCCGGCCCAGCGGCCAGCGGACUUCCUCCGCCCGGCCCGGCGGCCAGCGGACUUCCUCCGCAGCCGGCCCCGAGGCUGCUCAACGGACUUCCUCCGCUCCUGCCCUCAGUAAGUCCCCAGUUUCCUAG